CAAACAAAAAAAAACUAAACAAAACAUGGAAAUUACAACAAAGAAACUCUCUGUUCUCUUCUGUCUCUUCUUCACCAUUAACCAGACCCUGUCCGAAUCCGACCACAUGGACACUUUUUGCAUCAAAACAUCCAGAAACACCACUCACAACACAACUUACAACACAAAUCUCAACACCAUGCUCUCUACUUUUCGCAACCAAUCAUCCAUCGUUAACUAUUACAACCUCACAACUGGUAGCUUAGCUUCAGACACAGUCUAUGGAAUGUUCUUAUGCACAGGAGACGUCAACAUAACAACCUGCCACAACUGCGUCAAGAACGCAACAAUCGAGAUUGCUAAAAACUGUACUAACCAUCGGGAAGCAAUCAUUUACUACAUCGAUUGUAUGGUUCGUUACUCAGAUAAGUUCUUUCUAACGACGACUUUAGAGACACAGCCUAACAGCAUCUGGAGCUCUGAUGAUAUAAUACCGAAAUCACUAGGUCCGUUCAAAAAGAGAUUGUAUAAGAAGAUGGGAGAGGUUAUCGUAAGAUCGUCUAUGUUGUCAUCAGCUCUCACGCCGUAUUAUUACAUGGACGAGACUCGAUUUGAUGGCUCGUAUGAUCUUGGCUCUCUUGUUCAGUGUAGUCCACAUUUGAAUCCUGAAAAGUGUACCAUAUGUCUGGAAUAUGCGUUGCAAGAAAUUACCGACUGUUGCAGUGACAAGUUUUCAGCUAUCAUCUUCACUCCUAACUGUUUUCUGAAUUAUUAUGUCACAACUCCACCGUUGCCGCCGCUUCCAUCAACUUCUUUCUCCAUCAGAGGAAAUAAUGAAAUAUUGUGGGGAAUGACUCUGGCAGCUUCUGUGUUUGCAUUGAAGGGUCUAUAAUAAGAGACUGCGUGUUGAAGGGGCAAAAAAUAAAGUUUGUUAUAGUGUUUCCUGUUUGAUUGUUUGUACGCAUGUCCCUGUUAAUGUGG